AGUAGUAGUAGAUUAGUAGUAGUAGUAUUAGUAGUAGUAUUAAUAGUAGUAGUAGUAUUAGUAGUAGUAGUAGUAUUUAUUCAAACUAUCUCAAAAGUGAACAAUCUGGCAACAUUAAAGGUGCUCUGUGUAACUUUUCUAAUACAAUGUCUGUCAUUUGCUUUUCUAAUUGUUAUUGCUUUGAUACUAUUAUUGGUCUUGCGUUAAAGAGCCAUUGUGUAACUUUUCUGGUAGAGGGUCAGAGAUGUUGUUGCUUUGGAACAUUUCACAGUAUUGUAUUUAACCAUUCUACCCAAACCAGAUCAUUUUACAGGUCAGAUCUGUGGAGAGAUGACCCCGCUCACAGUCAGAAUGCCUGUUUUUCUAGGCUCAGCUUCAGGCUCACCUACAUUUUUGUGUACAACCUGCUGCAGUUCUGUGGACACACGUGGAUCCUCACCAACACCAUCGCCAGGUUUUUGACUUUCGGGAAAGAUGCCUUGGCGGACACGUUUUACUCGGUCGGCUUUGUCAUGAGUCUGUGUCAGCUGCUGUCUUUCCUGGAGCUUUUCCACAUCGCAGACGGCAUCGAGAAAGCCCGACUCCUGCCACGCUUCAUACAGGUCACAGAGAAGAAUGUGCUCUUGAUAAUGGUGAUCCUGCUGGAGGAGAUGCAGAGUAAACCUGUCGUGUGUCUGCUGUUUCUCCUCUGGAACAUUCAAGACCUCUUAAGGUACCCCCAUGAACUGCUGUGUGCCAUGGACAGGCCCUCUGUAACUAUGCUGUGGACCCGCUACACACUGUGGAUCCCUCUGUACGCGCUGUCUGUGGCUACUGAAGGUUUCACUCUCUACCAGGCUUUACCACACAUCAGUUCAGUGACUCCACCUUCAGAUGUACUCAACUCCACCGUGACCACAUCCACCAACCUCCACUUCGUUGUGAUUGGCUACUUAACACUUUUGGCACUUGGUGGAAGUGUAAGUGUUUGGCAGUUGCUGAAAGAGAGAAAGCAUCAUCUGGACAAAUGGAACAAGAAAAAGAAAACAAAAUUGAAAUGAGAUUUUUCCAUAAGAACUGAGAACAUGGUUUUCUUCUUGAAAUCUGGACAGGGCUUCAAAGCCAGGAGUCAAGAUGAAACAACAAUAACAAUAUUUUUUUAUUUAUAUCAAGGAGGACUAAAGUGUCCAGCACACAGAGGGCCAUGAUUUCAACAGUUAACAUUUCUAUUAGUUUAUUAUUUGUUAAAAGAGUCAAUACUGUGACAUUUUGUUGUUUGUUGUAUUGGAUUCAUUGAGCAUUUUUAUCAAGUAACUUUCAGAAAUUCCACGACUAUCCGCUGACCUGUUCACAUGUUUAGUAUUUUUUCAGAUUUCUUUAAGACUCAAAAUGUGACCUGUUUUCUUCUCUUUUCUGGAUGUUUGUCACUUUUUCUUUACUCUACUGUCCAAACUCUAAAUCAAUGAAAGCAAAGGGGAAGCGUUAUGAAGAAUAGGAAGUGAGCUGGCAAAGCACACGAGCAAGAGGAAAGUGUGUGUGGGUGAGGGCUAAAGGAUCCACUGCGAAGUACAAAGACUUAAACAUGCUCAGAGCUGUUAAUAAGAAGCAAACACAAACACCAGAAUGGUACUUUUUUGGUUUAUUGUUGUCAGUACUGAGACAUCUUAUUACUGUGCACAGCUUUCAGGCCGCCAUUGCCAGGUUUUUAUGUAAACAUGAAGUGACCCUUGUUUAUGGAUCCAAAAUGAUCCUAAAAAAAAUACAAAUGUACUGACAUAGGCCUGGCUUCUGGAGUUAGACCCUUUUAUGGAACACCAUUGUCCUUUUGUAAAACUGUUUCCUCAGGCUUCACUACACAUCAGUCCAGUGACUCCACAACUCCACAGUGACCACACCCACCAACCUCCACUUUGUUCUGAUUGGCUACACUUUUGGCACUUGGUAAGGAUGCGGUAAUGAUGGAACAACAUCAUUGUGUAACUAUUUGUACAUAAUACUUAAUGAUUAAUGAUGAAAUGGUUUGCUUUUUAAUCUUGCAGGUGGUACUGUAACUAUUUGGCAGUUGCUGAAAGAGAGAAGGCAUCAUCUUGAUAAAUGGAACAAGAAAAAGAAAACAAAAUUGAAAUGAGAUUUUUGCCAAAGAACUGAGAACUUUACAAAAGCAGCAUUAGGAGCUUAAGCAGUUCCUGUUUCAACAAGUUUUCGAGGAACAUGUAAGCCUGUUUGUACUUCAGUCCAUGCAGAGGUGGGAUUUAUUUGUUGAUCUACCAGCCGCAAGCUCUGGUCCAAAUGGUUUUCUUCUUGAAGUCUGGACAGGAGCGCAAAGCCAGGAGACAAGCUGAAACAACAAUAACAAUAAUUUGAUUUUAAUUCAAUCAAGGAGAACUAAAGUGUCCAUUUAACAAAUCUACAUGUCUAUUAUGAAGAAAUAUUGUGCCAUUAUUUUAGUUGUUUAGGAUUCAAUGGGCAUUCCUGUCAAAGUACCAUAUUUUUUGGAUUAUAAAUCAUACUUUUUUCAUGGUUUGGGUUAUCCAGCAACUUAUAGAGGGCGCUCUAGGCUUGUGUGUUCCUAUACCACUGUCACUUUGCACUCUACUGCCCAUGUCAGCUGCAGAAAUAAGAGAAAGAGCCUCUGUCCUGUCUUAGUAUCAUGUCAGUCGAUCACACCAUUACUUCUGUAUCACUGACAAUUUAAAAUUUAAACAAACAUACAGACAACUGAAACCAUCCUGCUGGGAUUCAGAAAGGCCGGAAUAAUUCUAACUGGAACUGAUGCUGAGUCUGAGGAGAGCUACACAGAAGAGGAAGUGGCGCUCCCUUUACCUCCGGAGGUCACGGAGUUGUUCAGAAGUGACACCGAGAAUGAAGAAUUGAAUGGAUUUAGUGAUUUGGAGUGAGAUGGAGAGUUUGGUAAACUUGUUCUGUUAUGGAAUUUUGCUAUAUUUAUCUGAAGAACUGUUCAUAUGUGACAUUAACAGCCUGUUGUUCUCUGUUCUAUUGUUAUUACUAGAACUUGCCUUUUGAGAUUAAAUGUUUGUUCCUGGUCUCUGAUUUUAUAAAAUAAAUUUCCCCCAAAAAAUGCGA